CAACUCACCUUACCUCCCGCCUCCGUCCCAGUUCCCGGUCCCAGUCAGUCGACCAUCAGCUGAAGGGGGACGACGUGCACUCGGCCGCGUUUCCUCCCACCACUCAACUCUCUCCUCCGAUUCCUCGCGUUUCGCUCCCCCAGCCUUUUCAACGGCUGACAACAAAGCAAAGCUCGCGAGAACGCGAGGCACAAACAAACGAGGCACUUACCGUCUCUUACUUUGUGUGCUGGGAACAUCCACCGCCUCAUCCAAACAAGAAGCUCGAGACGAUCCCCCCUCUGCCCCUGGCUCCGAAACCAUGUGACGGAACCAUCCAGUCCCGCCCACCAACUUCGCUCCCAUCGCCCAUCACCGCUUCGCUCGCUUUCCUUCGAGCACUCUUACUCCUCGAAGCACACACAAAGCUCUAGCGCAAUCUCCUCUCCGUAAUAUCGACGUUGCUCAACCGGCCCGCCGUUUGCUCGAACGCGCCUAAAACGGCGAUCCGCAAAGGCUGACAUCCCGACGUCAACACCCAACUCAGCCCUUCCCGCCGCCCGCCUUACAUAGUAGUUGCUCCACCACAAGACCGAAUACCAUACAUAGACGCGCCGCUUCGACCUCGGCUCCAAACAUUACAUACGCAUACAAUACAUAUCCUUAACGCACCCUUGCUGCCUGUUCCUGUCUUUCGAGGGCUGCGCUCUUCAUCCCCGAACUGCGCAAUCAUGAUUUCCGACGAGCACUACGAUAUUUGUCUCCCUAUCCUCCAGGAUGUCACCCUCGAGGAUGAAGACAAGACGGACAAGCUCGAAGAUCUCCUACGAAGCCAGACGACCCUGAACGGCUCCUCACUAGACAAUGCAAUCCUCGAUGUACUAUGGCGAUACCGUGAUGGAGGCGGAGCUGCGGCCUCUCCCCCUCCCAUCCGCCAGACCAUCCUGCGACGACCGUCGCCCGCAUCUUGGCGCGGCAAUGCCACCCCUCUCUCGGGCUCUCCGCGCCUUGGAAUCAGUCCACUUGCCCCUCCGGGCUUUGUCCCGUCCUUCACCCCAUCCUUCACUCCCUCCUUCACAAGAACGAAGUCAUCGGCCGCCUCUCCCUUCUCCUCGCCGCGGCCUUCUCCAAGACUCGCCUUUGCGACACCUGCUAUACCUCAUAGCCCUAACCUGAACGCGUACGAGUUCGCCAGCGACAAGUCGCCUUCCCAAGAAACUUUUGGCGAUUAUCAGACGGAGAAUGUAGAGUGGCUAGUGGCGGAUGAUGCCAUUAGUGUCACGUCAUCUGUUGGGACCUCGAGCGGCUUAAACGCCGCCGCCCCUGAAUUCUCUUCCAUGUCGUCGCAACAGGCUGACAUGUCCCCUUACGAUAUGCUCCGUUCAAUCCUCGGCCAGACACGGACUGAUGAAGAAAUCGAAGCCGCCCUUGCAGUCCAUGGGUACGAUCUCAGUGCCACAAUCGUAUCCAUCAUGGAGAGCCAGGCGCAAGAGAACGGCUAUAGCAGUCCACAACCCGAGGAGAAUAAGAUCUCUCUCAUUGGGAAAGCCCUGGCCGCGGAAGGCCGCCCUACUACGCCGGCCGGACAACGAUCGGGUGUCAUCUGCAAAUUCUACAUGUCCACUGGGCAAUGCCUUAGGGCAGACUGCAGGUUCAGCCACGACUUGAGCAACCACCUUUGCAAGUACUGGGUUAUGGGCAACUGCUUGGCAGGAGACACAUGCAUAUUCUCCCAUGACCCCGCGCAUCUUAUGAAUAAGCUGGCACUGGACGGGGCUAGCACUCCGCCUACCAAGCAGGCCAACUUGACCGAUUUCAGCUUAUUCCCAGCGCUUCCACCGGGUACCCCUGAACAUGUCGGCAGCUAUAGCGGAGGUUCGAAUAUCACCAUUGGACUUACGCCGCCGCCCGGUCUGAAGCCCUUUUACGGGAGUGAAAGUCCUCGACCCAGAUCCCGACCGAGCAGCCGACACCAACAAUCUAGGGAGCCCGUGGCGCCUUCGCUGGACGAUGCAGACGCGUUUCCUACCUUGGGCUCUGCGGCCGCAAAGCAGAGCAAGAAGCACCACGGCAAACGGGGCGGUCACGGCCACAACCACAAGGAGAAUUUCACACCAAACUCACUGGCUGAAAUUGUCAAGAUGUCGCCAUCUCCUGGCCCAGCUUCGCUCCGCCAAGACCCUAAGAAGAUUGGACGGAAUGGGAGCGUAACCAGUGUCCGAAACGGGGAGAACAGUGCGGCUGCCCAAGCAAUUUCAAGUCCGAAACACAUCCCGUGGCUGGAAACUGGCGAAAGAGCCAACAAAUCAUACCUCAAAGCUCGGCAGGAGGCUAUCAAGCAUGGCGGCCUUAGAAACAAAUUUCUUCAGAGCGCCGCACAAGCCUGGAACCGCAAUGACGCGAGGGCUGCCAAAGCUCUGAGCUUGCGGGGCCAGAGUGAGAAUGAUCUGAUGCGGAAGGCGCACCGAGAGGCAGCUCGCGAGUUAUACGAAGAGCGCAACAAAGCCAAUGCGAACAACGUCGAGAUCUACGUUGACCUACACGGGCUUCAUCCUGAGGAAGCUGUCGAGUAUUUGGAGCGGGUGUUGAUGGAGAAUGUCAAGGAAAGCCGGCCAAUUUACGCCAUAACAGGCACAGGUCACCACAGCAAGAACGGAAAGGACAAGGUCGGCAAGGCUAUCCGGAACUUUCUCAACGAAUGGAGGUACGCCUACCGCGAAUUCUCAGUGCCUGGAGACCGCAAUAACAUGGGCGGCAUCUUGGGCAUCGAUGCUCGAAGUUAUGACAAGGCCUUGGCGCGCGAGGGGACAUCGAGUGCCGAUGACAGCAAAGAGGAGGUUGAUAUUCUAAGUCAGGGUGUGGAGAUUGGUGAUGGCAAGGUCAGGCUUCUUGUUAGGGACCCUCCGAAAGGCCCCAGCGGGCGCCGAUGAUGGCCGUCCGAGGAAGAAAUCACUAUAAACAGGUAGAAAGAAGAAAUAGAAAAUCUCAACAAGCCGCUCCACGAAGCGAAAUCCUCU